GAGAUGUCUGUUCGUGGAGUCUUUUACGGAGUCGCGUUUGCUGCCGGGCUGAGCGCGAGGCAAGUAAACGUGUUCGAGCACAGUCUCAUCGAGGAUGUUCUCUGUGAUGCCGUGUCCUUUGCCGGUUAUGGGGAGGUCCGCCAUACGACGAUCCGAAGAGUCGGCUCUGCCUGUGCCGCCACUGUGGCCAAGGGGGAACCGCCGGCGGGAGCAGGUUUUUUCUGCCGUGGUAGCUGGGACGGUGGGCUCAUCCACUCCAACCAGGUGGUAGACACCUGUGGCAUGUCCCUGGACGUGGACACGUGUUCUCAUCUGGAUAUCUUCAACAACACUUUCUCUGGACCAGGCUACGACUGGGAAGGGAACUUCACCCACUGCUGGGGUGCAGUGACCGCUGUCUUGCUGGACUCGCAGUUGGUGUCUGUGUCCAAGAACCUCAUCAGCAACCUUCGAGAGUCCAACCGGCUUGCAAUGUCCGAUGGCGAUAUCCAUCAGGUCUUUAGCGAGGUCGAUGCCGUUCCUUUCUCGGAUCUUCCGAACGGCACGGACACGGUGCUGGCUUUCGCGCUGCUCCACCGGCCACAUGCCGGGGCCUGGCCCUCCAUCAACAACCAGAUCUCCAACAACUCCUUCACAUGCCGCUGCCCUGGAGAGAAUGCCACCUGCGCUGGGCUGGCCUACUUCACCGGGCGCGGUACUGGUCUGGAGGGGGUGCGCCUCCCGGGCCAUUCCUGGGGCGAGCGGAGGCCGACGCAGCCAUCGCACUUUACAGGGAACCUUGAGGAUGGAGACCUCGGUUCCGCGCGAUGUGGCAAGAAUUCCUACGCGGAGGCGGAGCCAGUCUGCCGCAUAGAUUCGGACUUCCCUUGCAAUGCGGAUGACUACGAGCACCCCGAGGACAACUUCCGGAACAGCCUCGCCUGCGUUGACUAUUCGGACGUGAUCCACGAGCGCAUUGUGGAUGAAAGUUCCGGUAGAUUGCCGCAACUGCUCCCCCGUGUCACCCCACGCAGGACCCCCGGGAACAUGUAG